AGGUUGGCAGCAAUGUGAGCUGGACGCCCGCCCUGGAGGAGCCUGGACCGAACGUCCUCGGAGAGUCGCCGGCCGUGCCAGGAAGUCAACUUCAAGCAGAUUGACUUGAACUGGGAUCUCAUUUAGGAAGCGUAAGUAUCCAAUAAACUGUUAUUUUUUUUUUUUACUUGCAAAAUACUCAAGUUCCAGUGGCUUACCAUCCUGUACUUUACUUUCUGAAAAGUUGGCAUUCCCACGUGGACUUCUGGUAGAAUGAGCAAUGCAAAGAGCUGGCUUGGACUUGGCUUGUCCCUGUACUUCUGGGGAUUGAUGGACCUUACGACCACCGUUCUCUCGAGCACACCAACACCACCAGGCAAAUUAAAAGCGCUCCUGUCAGACAAGCCACAGUUACACUCAAGGACAAAGAGGAGCUGGGUUUGGAACCAGUUUUUUGUUCUGGAAGAGUACACUGGAACUGACCCUUUGUAUGUCGGGAAGCUUCAUUCAGACAUGGACAGGGGCGAUGGAUCCAUCAAAUACAUCCUCUCUGGAGAAGGUGCAGGCAUCGUGUUUACCAUCGACGACACCACUGGGGACAUUCAUGCCAUUCAGAGGCUUGACCGAGAGGAAAGGGCUCAGUACACUUUAAGGGCUCAAGCCCUAGACAGGCGGACAGGCAGGCCAAUGGAGCCGGAGUCAGAGUUCAUCAUCAAAAUCCAAGACAUCAAUGACAAUGAGCCCAAGUUUCUGGAUGGACCUUAUAUUGCCAAUGUGCCAGAAAUGUCACCAGUGGGGACCUCUGUUAUCCAAGUGACAGCCACCGAUGCUGAUGACCCAACCUAUGGCAACAGUGCCCGGGUAGUGUACAGCAUUCUCCAGGGCCAACCAUACUUUUCUGUGGACUCCAAGACAGGUGUAAUUAGGACGGCACUCACAAACAUGGACCGAGAAGCCAAAGAGUACUAUGAAGUGAUUAUUCAAGCUAAGGACAUGGGAGGGCAGCUUGGAGGAUUAUCUGGGACCACAACUGUCAACAUCACCCUCUCAGAUGUCAAUGACAACCCACCCCGCUUUCCCCAGAAACAUUAUCAGAUGAGUGUAUUGGAAUCAGCUCCUGUUAGCUCCACUGUGGGGAGAGUGUUUGCCAAGGACUUGGACGAAGGAAUCAAUGCAGAGAUGAAGUACACUAUUGUGGAUGGAGAUGGUGCUGAUGCCUUUGACAUUAACACAGAUCCCAAUUUCCAAGUGGGCAUCAUAACUGUGAAGAAGCCCCUGAGUUUUGAAAGCAAGAAAAGCUAUACCUUAAAAGUGGAGGGAGCCAAUCCUCACCUAGAGAUGCGGUUUCUGAACCUGGGCCCCUUUCAGGACACAACCACAGUGCACAUCAGUGUGGAAGAUGUGGAUGAGCCCCCUGUAUUUGAACCUGGCUUUUAUUUUGUGGAGGUACCUGAAGAUGUGACUAUUGGAACAACCAUACAGAUCAUUUCUGCCAAGGACCCAGAUGUGACCAACAACUCAAUAAGAUAUUCCAUUGACAGAAACAGUGACCCUGGAAGAUUCUUCUAUGUCGACAUUACAACAGGUGCCCUAAUGACCGCAAGACCCCUUGACCGGGAAGAGUUUUCUUGGCAUAAUAUCACUAUCCUGGCUAUGGAAAUGAACAAUCCCUCCCAGGUUGGAAGUGUUUCUGUCACAAUCAAAGUCUUAGAUGUGAACGACAAUGCUCCAGAGUUCCCCAGAUUCUACGAAGCCUUUGUCUGUGAGAAUGCCAAAUCGGGGCAGCUGAUCCAGACAGUGAGUGCAGUGGACCAUGAUGACCCACACACUGGUCAGCACUUCUACUACAGCUUGGCUCCUGAGGCUGCUAACAACCCCAACUUCACCGUAAGGGACAACCAAGAUAAUACUGCCCGCAUCCUAACCAGGAGGUCUGGCUUCCGGCAGCAGGAACAGAGCAUCUUUUACCUGCCGAUCCUGAUAUCGGACAAUGGGCAGCCUGUGCUCAGCAGCACGGGCACACUGACUAUCCAGGUGUGCAGCUGUGAUGACAAUGGCCACGUCCUGUCCUGCAGCCCCGAGGCCUACCUGCUCCCAGUCACUCUGAGCCGGGGUGCCCUCAUCGCCAUUCUGGGCUGCAUCUUUGUCCUCUUAGUGCUGGUGCUGCUGAUCCUGUCCAUGAGGCGGCACCGGAAACAGCCCUACAUCAUCGACGACGACGAGAACAUCCACGAGAACAUCGUCCGCUACGAUGACGAGGGCGGCGGCGAGGAGGACACGGAGGCGUUUGACAUCGCGGCCCUGUGGAACCCGCGGGAGGCGCAGGUGGGCGGCGCCCCCAAGUCACGGCAGGACAUGCUGCCCGAGAUUGAGAGCCUCUCCCGCCACGUGCCUCAGACGUGCUCCGUGAGCAGCACCGUCCACAGCUACGUGCUGGCCAAGCUCUACGAGGCCGACAUGGACCUGUGGGCCCCUCCCUUUGACUCCCUCCAGACCUACAUGUUCGAGGGGGACGGCUCGGUGGCGGGGUCGCUGAGCUCCCUGCAGUCAGCCACAUCAGACUCGGAGCAGAACUUCGACUUUCUCACAGACUGGGGGCCCCGCUUCCGGAAGUUGGCCGAGCUCUACGGAGCGUCGGAGGGGCCGGCCUCCCUGUGGUGACGGAAGCCCGGGCCCGACAAAACCCUGGCGUUCGAGACGCAGGCUUCGCGGACUAGGUGCAACCAACCCACGCUAGCAAUACUGUGCUGGAGGAUGAGAAGGGGGUGAGCAGGGGAACGGAAUACUUUCUGGAUCAGCUUUACUACUUGGUUAGAUUAAAGGAACACAAGGAAACACAAGAAGAAGGGGGCAGAAUCUCCAAUUAUCUUUUUUUUUUUCUUUUUUAACUUUUGGGACACUGUCUUCAAAGGCUUGGAGUCCAAGGUUAAGUGCGGCAAGCUUGGCUUUUCUUUGCCUUUCACCAAGGCCUUUGUCACUUUUCCCCCACAAAGAAGCUCUGAUCUUAGGGUGGCAGUUGAAAGCAGACAGAAAGCUCUAUUCUCACAUUCUUUUUUAUUUUAUUGUAUUUUCCAAUUAAGAGUUUUGCUGACUCAUCAAACCGCACAAAACAACCCACACAAAAGAACACUGAAAAAAAAUAAUGUUACCCGGUGGAAUUAACCUACUUGUCCUGAGAUGGAUGGAAUUUCUUUUAACCCUUUUGAGACCAGGGGAAGGCAGAUCAGCCUUGCAUGAGGGGUGGGGGUCGGGGGCUUGAGAAGGAAGAGGCAUUGACCUUGCACGUCAGUUUAAUGGCUGAACCAGGAGUUGUUGGCAUUACAACCAACCGAACUCCAUCAAGUUGGAGUGCUCUUGUUCUCUCAGCACUUUCACUGUGCACCUGUAAAAUUGUUCAGAAUGAAACCGGAAAACCUGCCUCUUUUGCACUGUAGAUGUCUCUUCCAUGUGCCAAAUGUGAAGAUUAGAUGCUACAAAUGAAAGCCAAAUAAAAAGAAGUAUCUGAUAAAAGCAUGGGUUAGAGGGCUUUCCUAAUCUGUGUGAGGUCAAUCCAAGGGAUGUUUACAUACUGUAGAUAACCUACUUGAACAAAAAUCAGUAUUAUAGAGAAUAAAUGGAUGUAAGAAAAUUACAUGUAUAAGUUUUGUAUAUUUGUUAAUAAUUUUGGUAAUAAAUAUGAUGUACUGCAUCUCGGUACCUUAGCACUUCUUUUAAUAAAAGUUAAAUAGAAGG